AUGCGACUGGCAUCGUUCCUAGUUCUGAGUUGCCUUUGUUGCGUAGUUCCCACCCUUUGCCGUCGUCACACCCUUACAUUAAAAAAUGAUGGUCGCGUUGGAGUUUUAUGCAGCCAAUUCACUUACGGACCACGGGGUUUUCUUGGCGUCCACUUAACUGGCCUUGAUCAUAAUGCUUUGGGCAAGGUUGGGUUUUCAAUGGAAAAGUCAACAUCAAACAGCCCACUCCAGUCUUCGAAACAGAAUUCUCGUGAUUGUUUAAUGGAGAAGCCUUCUGAUAAACAGGUUUUUCUCCUUUAUUUGGAGAAAAAGACGGCCAGGUUGAAGUAUUUACCCGGCCAAUCUGUUCUCGUUUAUCCCGAAAAUAGAGUUAAUCGAGAGCCCUUUAUCUUUCUUGACGCUGAAGAUGAGAAAACUUUCCGAUCGUUUGAAAUCCAAAUCGCUGAAUUUUUUGUCGAAUACCUGGAUUUAUCCCAAAUCGAAUCUGAACAGCUGUCCGCUGAAAUUGUGAAGGUGAUUACAUCUGAUGAAAAUAUUAGGACUGUAGUAGUCGACAUGGUAAAGCAGAGUGUGGGUUCAGAUCCAGCAGUCUACAAGACGUUAAGCCAUCUACGCUCAUUGGUAGAUUUUGGAGGUAAGAAGCAAGACGGUGACGUAGAUGCUAAACUCCAACGCAAUCGACGCGAAGCUCCACAAGAACCUGACCUCGACAGAAUGAACAAGUUUCCGGGGAAUGCUGCUGAUCGUGGUAGGUUGCGGGAUAGAGCGGGGGUGGAAGUGAAUUCGAUAAAUAUGGGUCAAGAAGGCGAUGACCAAAAACCACCCCUCGUUCCCAACGCAAAGGGACUAGAAAGUGCUCCCAAAAAUAAACCUCUUGGACCUGAUCCCUUAAAGAAGCCUAACAGGGAAAGUGAUCAGAAAGCUGAGAAACCCGAUGGGACUGCUCAAAGGGAAGCUGAUGCUGAAGGCCAAGGUGCUGUUUCUGGAAAGGGAGCUCUAAAGGUCCAGGAAAGUUCUACAAAAGAUGAUAGUUCCUCUAAUGAUUCAGUGAAGGGUGGGGCAAAAGUCGAUCCAGAUGCUUCUGCUGAAGAAGAAGGAAAACAGGACUCUCCGAAAAACGUCUUACCCGAUGACUCUGGAAAGGUUGCUGAAGUACCUGAUGGGAAAAGUGAACAGAAGCCGAUCAAGGAUUCUCUUGCAGAGGUAGGGAAGCUGAAUCUUCAGGAUUCCCGCAAGUCGCUUUUUUCUCCUACCACUCUGGAUGCUAUAAAUGAGGUCAUAUCGGCCUAUAUCACUGGUCAACAGGGUAACAGAUUUCGCUACGUCUUUGUCAAUGGCAAGGUCUCUCUUAACUUCUCAGUUACAUUCGUCGAUCCAGUGUCAUUUGGUGCCUACGAUCUGAUCUUCCACAACUGUCGCAAAGGUCCCAUCGAUGUUUCCAUAGCAAUGGUGGAACGAAAUGGGGAUAACUACCUCUCCGUUGGUGAGCAGCCAUUGACCAUCCUCUUCCUCAUGUUCUCCCUUAUCUACGUCCUCCUCUCAGUCGUUUGGGGCUUACAUCUCCGCUUCUCCAAGGCUCCCGUCUUCCGAAUUCACCACCUCAUGUUGGCUAUGGUUAUUGUCAAGUCCAUUUCCCUCAUGUUCCAUGCGAUUAACUAUUUCGUGAUUGGAAGACACGGUGUUCAGGAGGAGGGUUGGGCUGCGAUGGACUACAUUGCUCACUUGACGCGUGGAUUUCUGCUGAUCGUCACCAUCCUCAUGAUCGGCGCCGGCUGGACAUUCAUCAAACAUGUCUUUACGCGUCAGGAGAAGCAUGUCUUUCUCAUUGUCAUCCCAUUGCAGGUGUUCGCAAACGUCGCCACCAUAGUGAUAAAUGAGACAGAACAGGGCGCGAAGCGCUUUGCUUUGUGGAAUGAGAUCUUCACGGUGGUGGAUCUGCUGUGCUGCGCUGGGGUGCUCUUUCCUGUCAUCUGGUCCAUUCGCCAUCUGCGCCAGGCGGCACAGACUGAUGGGAAGGUGGCGCAAAAUCUGCGCAAACUGCGGCUCUUCCGUCAUUUUUACAUUCUUGUUAUCUGCUAUAUCUACCUCACUCGCAUCAUCGUUUACCUUCUGCGUAUGACCACGCCCUUCGCGUGGACCUGGCUGGCUGAGUUUUUCGAGCAGACCGUCACGUUGGCCUUCUACGUCUCUGUGGGGCACAAAUUCCGACCCUUCAAUGACAACCCAUAUCUGCAACUCCCAACCUCUGAGGAGCAGGAGGCGGAGGAUGUCGUCAUGGAUCUUUUCAAUAUGGAGGAGGCCUUGUCGCAGUCGGGCAUAACGGAUGGAGUGACGCGUAUUCAUCGACCACAAAAUCUUGAUGCAGCUCGGGAGAAUCGGCGUUGGCGUGAAGACGCAGCUAAUCGACCGUUGCCAGGAGACGCGGAGACUGCUGACUCGGAUUUGCUCCCACUUAUUCGUCCUUAG